GCUCGAGCCAAGGGACACAGCCGCCGCCGUUUCUUCAUCUCCCAUCUUCAUAGUCGCGCUAGGCACACAGGCGUCGGCGGCGGCGCUCAGGCUCGGGAUCUCAGCUACAGCGUCAGCGGCUUCCUCUCCCGCCUCUCGCCAGUCGUCUCGCGCCCUCGCUUCCGAUCCUCCGCACACCGGCCGGUGACCCUGCAAAUGGCAGGGCAAGCAGGGAACCCAGUAAACCACCCUAUAAGUCCCCACGUGAUAAGUGGCGCUUUCGUUCAGCAAUAUUACCACAUUUUACACGAACAACCAGAUCAAGUGCACAAGUUUUACCAAGAUUCAAGUAUUCUUGGUCGACCAGAUUCCAAUGGAAUUAUGGCAUAUGUAACCACUAUGCGUGAUAUUAAUGAAAAAAUCAUGUCUAUGGACUUCAGGAACUGCUUAACAGAGAUAGAGACUGCAGAUGCACAAUUAUCUCACAAGGAUGGGGUGCUCAUUGUUGUUACUGGUUCCUUGACUUCGGAUGAAGGCGUUUUCCGUAGGUUUACCCAGUCAUUCUUCCUAGCACCACAAGAAAGUGGUGGCUAUUUUGUUCUCACUGAUGUAUUUAGAUUUAUUUCGGAAAGGAAACCAGCUGAGAUAAAUCAAGUUGCUACUCAAGAAAAUGAAAUCAGUCAGAAUGUUAGACCUGCAUCUGAAACAUGUUCAGCACUACCAGAACCUAUUCCAGCUGAUGGGAGUGUGAUCUCAGACCAUGUGACAGCUGAUAGUAAUGUCACGGAGAAGCAAAUAAGUGAUCUUUCUGCUAAUGGGACUGCCAUUGAAAGUAAUGAUAAUACCCAGCCACCUGUGCAAGUGCCCAAAGAGGAUCCAAAGAAGGCCCUACUUGUUGCUCCUCCCCCUCCAACUCAGAUGGAUGUUACUAAGAAAUCUUAUGCAUCCAUUGUCAAGGUCAUGAAGGAGGGCCCACCAACUCCAGUUGUCAAAACAACAUCGUCAGUUUCCAAACAGAAGCCAGCUCCUAAACCAGUGUCCACGGCUGUCGAAGGCCUAGAGAAACCAUCUGAGAAACCUACCCAGGCUAUUGGAACCGGUGAUGGGAUUGUUGCCCAAAACAACUCUUCUCGCAAUGAGCAAGGCUAUUCAAUUUUCAUCAAGAAUUUGCCUUUCCAUGCCAAUAUUGAAAUGGUUGAGGAGGAAUUUAAGAAAUUUGGUACUAUAAAGCCAGGUGGUGUUCAAGUCCGGCACAAUAAGGUUGAUCGAUUUGGUUUUGGUUUUGUUGAGUACGAGUCCCAGCAGUCUAUGCAAGCAGCAAUUGAGGCAUCUCCGAUUCGUAUGGCGGACAAAGAAGUCGGCAUUGAGGCGAAAAGAGCCAAUUCACGAGGUGGCCGUUUCCAAUCUGGCAGGGGAGUGUACCAUGGUGAUAACUUUAGAGGGCGAGGAAGUGGCUAUGUGGACAACACAAACUACAGAAGCAGCGGCAGCUUCAACCGCCAGAAUGAAGGGGAGAUGUACAACCGCAGGAAUGAAGGGGAGAUGUACAACCGCAGGAAUGAAGGGGACUUCUACAACCACAGGAAUGAGGGGGAGUUCUACAACCGACGGAAUGAUGGUGGCGAGAACUACAACCGGCGCAACGAUGGUGGCGAGAACUAUAACCGGCGCAAUGAUGGUGGCAAGAACUUCAGCCGCAGGAAUGACAGUGGUACCGAGAACUUCAACCGCAGGAAUGACGGUGGCGGCGAGAACUUCAGCCGCAGGAACGAUGGUGUUGGCGAGAACUUCAACGUCAGGAAUGACGGCGUUGGUGAGAACUUCAACAGGAGGAACAACUUCAGAAAUCAGAAUGACUUCCCUGGACGAGGACGGGGUUCACCUACACCAGGGAACAGUUACUACCAGAACGGGAAUGGGAGGUUCAGUCGCGUGAACAAUGGCGCCAAGCAAGCUCCUGUGGCCGCGUAGAGGCAUCAAGGCGGUAGGCUUACAUCAAACUAGGAAGCAUAAGGCUACAUUCAAGUGAGCUGAGUGCAAGGAUUAUUCUUAGUAGGAGCAUUGCUGUCAGACAGCUUGGUUAUUUUUUUUUGUGCCGUGUUGGGUCGCUAAGAGAUUAGUAGUUGCAGUCGUCCGUGGAUGGUAGGUGAAUUUUGUUGCCGUUGAUGAGCUUGUCAACUGGGUGUUGGACCAUGGUUCGUAACUUUGUGUCAUCUGCCAAUCAGGAUUGGUGGGAGGUUAGACACUAAUCUUAUGAAGCGGUGACUGCAAAAAUCAGUGUCCAUGUU